GCUGCCAAGCCUUGAGCUGGAUGUUUAUUCCAUACUGUAGUCACCCCUGGGAAAUGCUAUGGAUUGGCAAGGCAAAAGCUUCCUCAGCAACACAAACUGCUUGGAGGAAAACAAACCCGGCAGGCAGAGAGCCUGGGAAUGUUCAUGUGGUAAAAUACGUUUAAUUUUGGAAGAAAUAGCAGAAAUUUGGGAGUGUUUGCUGCAAGGUCCACACACACCACAGAGGUGAUUGUACAGCUCCACUUUUAGCUGUAAAUAAACCAUCAUCCAGCUCUGGAAGUUAAACUAUUCUUGGACUGAAAUCUGGUUUUGGGGAGUGGAGAAAGUGGAAUGCUGGAAUCACAGCRUGGUUUGGAGUGGAAGGAGCUGUAGAGAUCAGUUGGGCCCUGGCUGGGACACCUCCCAUUGAUCCAGGCUGCUGCAAGCACUUGUGGAAGAGCACAGGCAGCCCAGUAACGGUGCCACUGGUGCCCACUGGUCUGUACUGGUGAAGAGCAGAAGUGAUCAGCUCAACAGUCAUGGGUUUGAGAUGCUUGACAAGCGCUUUGGUUCGUUCUUUGUCUCAGAUUGGGAAAUGAACCCUCCUCAAGUUGGGAAGCUCGCAGUUCUGCUCCUCCUCCCUCCUUCAUCUGCAGCCUCAGCCCCUUCCCUGCUCCCAGCAGGCUCCUCCUCUCCUCUCUCCAGAGAAGAGAGCACAUCUUUUAAUUUGGCAGCCGAGCACAUCUUUUAAUUUGGCAGCCGAGAGAGCAGCGUGUGCUCCACGCUGGGAACGGCCCCUCCGUGCAGUGCAGCAGAGGAACGGCCACAAACACACCCUGGCCCAGUUCAGCCCCAGCAGAUGCUGACACACAACUGCUUCUGGUGGAGAAUAUUCCUCUGAACCAGAGGCAGUUCAUACUGCUUGAUUUCCCUGGUUUUUCUGCUCCUCUUUAGAGAUGGCAUCGGACGUUUCCUCGCUGGGUGCAGCUGUGGGCUCGGGGACCCCUGGAGCAGGAGCCCAGCAAGGAGGAGCAGUGGCCCAGAGGCCCAGCAAGAGACGGCCCGGGCUUGAUUUUGAUGAUGAUGGAGARGGGAACAGUAAAUUCCUCAGAUGUGAUGAUGACCCGAUGCCAAAUGAUAAAGAGAGAUUUGCCAGGUCUGAUGAUGAGCAGAGUUCAGCGGAUAAGGAGAGACUUGCCAGGGAGAACCACAGCGAGAUCGAGCGCAGGAGGAGGAACAAGAUGACAGCCUACAUCACRGAGCUGUCRGACAUGGUGCCCACGUGCAGCGCCCUGGCCCGCAAGCCCGACAAGCUGACCAUCCUGCGCAUGGCCGUGUCGCACAUGAAAUCCCUGCGUGGCACCGGCAACACCUCCACGGAUGGCACCUACAAACCCUCCUUUCUCACCGACCAGGAGCUCAAACACCUGAUCCUGGAGGCAGCUGAUGGCUUCCUGUUCAUCGUGUCGUGCGAGACGGGCCGCGUGGUGUACGUGUCGGACUCGGUGACGCCGGUGCUGAACCAGCCGCAGUCCGAGUGGUUCGGCAGCACUCUGUACGAGCAGGUGCACCCCGAYGAUGUGGGCAAGCUGAGGGAGCAGCUCUCCACCUCCGAGAACGCCCUGACAGAGGGAACCAAACCCUGGUGCCUUUCUACCAAGGAUGCUGCAGCCCCCCCCGAGAAUGCAUCUAAAGGUCGUAUUCUUGAUUUGAAGACGGGCACUGUGAAGAAGGAAGGGCAGCAGUCCAUGAGGAUGUGCAUGGGCUCCCGGCGAUCUUUCAUCUGCCGAAUGAGGUGUGGCAACAGCUCUGUGGAUCCAGUCGCUGUCAAUCGUCUCAGCUUCAUGAGGAAUCGCUGCAGGAAUGGUUUAGGUGCAGCCAAGGAUGGAGAACCUCACUACGUUGUCGUGCACUGCACAGGCUACAUCAAAGCCUGGCCCCCAGCAGGUGUUUCCCUGCCUGAUGAUGACCCUGAUGCUGGCCAGGGCAGCAAGUUCUGCCUCGUGGCCAUUGGCAGGCUCCAGGUGACCAGCUCUCCCAACUGCACAGACAUGAACAAUGUGUGCCAGCCAACAGAAUUCAUCUCCCGACACAACACCGAAGGCAUUUUCACCUUCAUCGACCACCGGUGCGUGGCCACCGUUGGCUACCAGCCCCAGGAACUUUUGGGGAAAGACAUUGUGGAUUUCUGCCAUCCAGAAGAUCAACAGCUUUUACGGGACAGCUUUCAACAGGUGGUGAAGUUAAAAGGCCAGGUUCUGUCAGUCAUGUUCCGCUUCCGAUCCAAAAACCGGGAAUGGCUGUGGAUGAGAACCAGCUCGUUCACCUUCCAGAACCCCUACUCGGAUGAGAUCGAGUACAUCAUCUGCACCAACACCAACGUCAAGAACUCGAGCCAGGAGUCCMGGCCUGCCCUGACAAACUCCAUGCCAAGGCCUCAGCUGGGGCAGAACGUCAGCCUUCCCCUGGACAUGGGCACAGCCCCACUGCCCUCCAGGCAGCAGCAGCCAGCCCAGGCAGAGCUGGAGGUGGGCCCAGGAAGGGAGAGCUUGGCUGGGUAUGAGCACUCACAGGUGCCCGUCCAGCCUGUGAGUGCUGCUGGCCCCGAGCACAGCAAACCCCUGGAGAAGGCUGAGAGCCUGUUCAGCCAGGAGCGGGACCCGCGCUUCGGGGAGAUCUUCCCUGGCAUCAGCACAGACCAGAGCAAAGCCAUCCCUGUCAGCACCGUGCCGGCCAACCCACCCCUCUUCACCCAGGGAAACACCUUCACUGCUGCCCGGCCCACUGAGAACUUCAGGAGCAGCAGCAUGGUGCCUCCAGUGAACAUCAUCCAGCAGCAGCCCUCUCCCGCUGGCCGGAUCUUGUCGCAGAUCUCCCGGCACUCCAGCCCAGCUCAGGUCAGCGGGAGCAGCUGGGCUCCAGGGACACGGCCGGUGUUCACASCCCAGCAAGUGGCAUCGCAGACGGUGAAGACCCGAGCUCCUUCCUUCGGCAUGGGGACAUUCCAGGGCACCCCAUCGUCCUUCAGCUCCAUGGCAGCGCCGGGAUCGACGGCGUCCCCCACCACGGCCCCGUACCCGGCCCUGGGCAGCCGUGGCACAGGAUUCACAGCCGCCGAGGCAGCGCAGACCCCGGCCCCGUUCCAGCCCCGCGCCGCUGACGCCGUGGGAAUGUGGCCACAGUGGCAGGGACAGCACCACGGCCCCGGAUCCGGGGAGCAGCACGUGCAGCAGCCCCAGCCCAGCCAGCCUGAGGUCUUCCCAGACAUGCUGACCAUGCUGGGGGACCAAGGGCCCAACUACAACAAUGAAGAAUUCCCAGAGUUGAAUAUAUUCCCUUCUUUUUCCGAAUAAAACAAGCAUUAGGGGAAACAACAUAAAUCUCUACAAUAUCCACGUGUCAAGGARAACAGCCGAGUCUUUUUCUCAAGGAACUGUCCAAACACUUCCCACCUUCUGGAAGCGGCGCUCCGACGAGGGAUGGCUGUGGGAGAGGAGSUGGUUUGGACACCUCCUCCCUGUGGGAUUGUUCUGGAAGCUUCAGGACUYGAGUGCCACGAGGCCAAAGGCCCCGUGUUCCCAGAGCCACUGCCAAGUGGAUUUCUGUGGGAGGGAUUCCUGUCUGGAUCACAGACAGCCCUUCCAAACUUUUUAAGGUGGCUUUGACUGUUUUUAUUUUCAUUCUCUGCCGUGACUUUUUCUAUAAAACACAAACUGUUGGAAUUUUUAAAUAUUGGAAGAAGCUCUUCCAAGUGUUAUCCCUGUAAACACAAUCCUGGAGGAUGCUUGAGUAAGAAUCCAUGUCCUGAGCCGGUGUUUUCCUCUUUUUUGGAGGAAUGUUGGCUGUUUUUGGAGGGUUGUUACCGCAUCUCCAGUCCAGGGUGCUCCAUGUGGAGAUUCCCGUSUUUGUUUGGAAUCUUCUCUGUCCUGUGAACUGUGCAAUGAAGUCAGUGUGACCCAUAACCCCCUGUUCCCCYGGGAUAAUUAACGAGCCAUAAAAAUAUUAUCCAUGUAGCUUUCUUCUGAAUUUUCCAGCUGAUGGUUUCUGUACUGCCACAAAUGGAUGUUUUGACAGGUUUUUUGGGAUAAAACCUGCUCCACGCUGUCCAUGGAAUUUUAUCACAUAUAGAUCAGUUCCUUGUCCUCAUUUUGGAGUUUGAUGUAGGAGAAUCCCUGGAUUUGAUCAGGAGGAGUUGCUGAGGAACUGUGUUAUUUUCACUACAUUUGCUCACUCACCGUCUCCUUAAAGAAAAAUUGAAAAAUUCCUGCCAUGGGAUGAUCCUGUUGUUGCCAAAUCGUAAACUGUAAGAGGACAGCUGGAAAAAGUAGGGAACAGAAUGAAUUUUUUAUAUAUAUAAAUAUAUAUAUAAAAUUUUUAAUUUUUAAACCUUGA